UGAAAAUUAAAAUUCUUUAAAUCUUAGAAGCCGAUUUUGUUGAAGAUAUUAUAAAAUGCCUAAGGUUCGUCGCAGUAGGAAACCACCACCAGAAGGAUGGGAAUUAAUUGAGCCAACACUUGAGGAACUUGAACAGAAAAUGCGAGAAGCCGAAACUGAACCGCACGAAGGGAAACGAAAACAAGAAUCCUUAUGGCCAAUUUUCAAAAUACAUCAUCAGAAAUCGCGUUACAUCUAUGACUUAUUUUACAGACGUAAGGCCAUUAGUAGAGAACUUUACCAAUAUUGCUUAAAUGAAAAAAUAGCUGACGCCAAUCUUAUAGCGAAAUGGAAAAAGACUGGGUAUGAAAAUUUGUGUUGUCUUCGCUGCAUACAAACUAGAGAUACAAAUUUUGCAACUAAUUGUAUAUGUAGAGUUCCGAAGAGUAAGCUGGAAGAGGGAAGGAUUGUUGAAUGUGUCCAUUGUGGUUGCAGAGGUUGUUCAGGAUAGAAAUUAAUAAAGUAUUUCAAGGACUAGUGUUGUAAUUUAAUUUGAAAG